UUUAUUCCUGGAUUUGUUCUGAGGUGAGUAACGUCGAAAGAAAUACUGCUAGUUUUGGAACAAAAACGAUUGCGCAAUUAUUUAUUUUAAUCAUAAUCCAUCAAAGCUAUUUUAAGAUUAAGGUGUGUAUGAACACACGAAGAAAACAAGUGAAUCUAUCUUAAAUGUAUUUUUCGUUUUGUUUGCUCUUUUUUUCCAUUCAGGUAUUUUGUCUGAAGAGUGGCUGUCGAGGACUUUGAACAUUUAUUCAAAAAAAACAAACAUUUUUUUUCUUCAAGUAAUGGACAUUUGAUUACUAUUUUUGCCUCCAGUUUGUUCCAGAAGGAAAAGCUAGUUUUUAGCUGCCACAACCCCGCCCAUAAACCAGUUUGUUCCAGCCAUAGAUUGUUAACGUUAUAAAAACAUGACGGUUAACGAUAUAAAACUGAUGUAACAAGAGAUCUGUUGCUGUAAAGCACAAUAUACAGUAGAAAUAUAGCUACCCGAGACGCUGAAGUAUUUAUAGUAAGUGUUUAUUUUCAAAGCAAUCUGAACCUAAAUUCACGAAAUUACUCAUUGUUUAGUCGUAGAUUUAGGAUAAUGUCAAAUAUGCUAGUUUGUCUCCGUACGUGGUCAGCUAGCUUUUUGCAAUUCAAAUGCAGCGAACGCUAACGAUAGUUUAUGAGCUCACACAGGAAAGUGCAGAGUGGAAACGCUCAGUUUCUUUGUGUGUGAGACUGAUACAAAUAAACUAACAUGUUUUAAGUUAAUCAUAAGCAAUCUACUCAUAAAGAUUGCCGUAGGAAAUAUUUUUUGCUUAUGAAUCUGGAUGUUUUUUUGUCUACUAAAUAGGGGAGAGAUCCUUGGAAUUGACACCAACCGCAAUCUAUACAUAAAGAUUGCUUAGAUUGAAGAUUACGGACUAUACAGGAAAAAUCAUCCAUUUGGUAGUUUGCGAUACUUGACGGUGUAUCGUCGAUAUAGUUAGAGCAGGAAAUACAUUCCCCAGGUGUACGCUAUGUAUACGGCAAUCUGAGGAUAAAGAUUGCCUUAUUGAAAUGCGCAAGGGAGGGAAACGUCCAUUCGAAAUGUUACAAAAGGCAGACAGACCGGUGUUGUCGGAAUUACAUCAAAAUGGCGGGCUUGUUGUCGUUUUGUCCUUCCAGAACAUGCAGCAAUAAUGGCUACUGUUUUUAUAUGGAGCGACAGUCAUGUGUUGGCUUCCCAGAAUAGCGGAACGACUUUCUUCUCGCGGUUUCCUUAUCGCAUGUGUAGCCGUUACAGUUAGAUACCUUCUCGUUGUUUUUUGUUAAUUGUAAAUGAUUAUCCGGCCGUGCAAAUGUGAUAGUAUGCUAGCUGUUUUGUGGCCGGGUUAGCUGGCAUACAUUGUUCUUUAUGUUCUCGAGGCUGGUGCAGCCACGAAGCAGUUAACAAAAGAGGGCAGGGCCUAGAUAUAUUUUCGGUGUAUCACGGGUUAGUUUUUCCCUUUUUAACGGCGAACUGCCCUAGUCUGAACUCGGUCAUUGAGUGGGAUCUUUAUUCCAGUGGUAUGGUAGGGCGUGCAUUGCAAUGACAUGCCAUUUGUCAUAAAGGACUCCCGGUUGCGUGAUAUUUCAUUAUUUAACCAUCAUUAACAUGGUGCGUUUGUAAGGCAUAUACAGUUUCAGUAAUUUGAUUAUCUACAUGCUUUCCCUCAAUUAUUUUCUAUUUGUGACUAGUAAUUUAUUUUUGGAAUAUCUGCUUGGUGUAGGCUACAAACAGCAGUAACAUUAGCCCCAUAGGACAAAAGUGUUUUUUAUUUUAUAUAAUGAUUGUUGACCAAGGUUAAAACUAAUAUUAUAUGUCAACCAAAAAUUGCUUGCUAUUGGCAGGGUUUUGAGCAAGUGUGACAAGUAUUUGUUACAUUGUAGCUAAAUGAUAACAUGUGAUACCCUUUUCAACUGCAUUGCUAUAUAUUUGAGUAAAUACAGCAAAGCAAUUGUGUGUGUGUAUGAAUAUUAAUUUACUUGACUUUCCCCCCCAUUGAAUUAUUCUUUACUAGGCUGUCUUAUCAAUAACUUCAUUCUAUUGACUGUGUGUAACAGUUGUGACAUUUUCAGGAGUUGUGUGUUAUGUCCCGUGUUGUGGAGUUCUGAGACUAUAUAAAACUUCUACUACAACAGUUAAACGGAGAUGGCGGUGGGCCCAGUGGACCCCAGAGAGGUCCUAAAGGGAGUAGAGAACCUGCUGGGGAAAGAUGGAGAGCUCCGCAGCCUGGAGGGAGUCCCCAAAGUUUUCAGUCUCAUGAAGGGCUCUCACAAGAUGGUGAGCAGGUGUAUGUACCUGAAUAUCCUACUGCAGACCAAGUCCCAUGACAUUCUCAACAGAUUUAUCCGAGUGGGAGGCUACAAGCUGCUGAACGCAUGGCUGACCUACUCCAAAUCUAGCAACAACACCCCCCUGUUACAGCUCAUCCUGCUGACGCUGCAAAAACUGCCCCUCACUGUAGACCACCUGAAACAGAACAACACUGCCAAACUGGUCAAGCAGCUCAGCAAGACUGGGGAGACUGAGGAGCUGAGGAAGCUGUCUGCUGGGCUGGUGGAUGGCUGGAUGGCUACUAUCCGUUCCCAGAGUGUCUCCACCACCUCUCCUGCAGAUAAGAAGCGGAAGAAGGAGGAGGGGAAAGUGCCAGUCCGAGAGGUGAAGGCGGCUGAUGGAGGGAAGGCAGCGGAGGAGGAGAGGAAGAGGGAGAAGCCCAAAGCUCACGCUCCCAGCCAUGCUAAGAUCCGCUCCAUAGGCCUGGAGAUGGAUGCUCCCACCCCUGUCCCAGUCAAGAAGCCCCCCGUGGCCCUCCAGCUGGGAGACAAGUACAACAUCAAACCAGCCCAAGUCCUCAAGAGACCCAGUUUUGGUCCUCUGGACCCUCCCCCUGUGGAGAAGAAGUAUAAACCCCUCAACACCACUCCUAACCACACCAAGGAGAUCAAGGUGAAGAUCAUCCCGGCACAACGUAAGACCUCAACAGAAAUCGCCCUUGAGGGUACAGGCUUCCUGGAUGCCCUAAACUCCGCCCCUGUUUCUCUCAUCAAGAUCAAGAAGAAGAAAGGAAGGGAAGGGAGAGACCCCAAAGCUGUCUCUCCCACGUCAAACAAGCCGUGUCCAUUCGAGGGUAAACCUCACUAUCCGUCACCUCAGGGCGGCACCAAGCCCUCGUCCCCAGAGACACAGGUGGCCUCCACCACCCCUCCCCACGAGGUCCCAGUAGACCUGGAGCAACCCGGCACACCCGUGCCCGCCGACGACCCAGAGGCCAUGGACACGGGCAGCGAGAAGCCCAGCGCCCUGGCUGAACCCCGUGGCGAAGAGGAGGGUCAGCUGACCAAGAAGGGCAAGAAGAAGAAGAGCGUGCGCUGGGCCGAGGAGGAGCAGCUCACACAGUACUUCUACUUCGACCUGGACGAGACCGAGAGAGGUGAGAGAACAAAAACUAACGUCAACGUCAACAAGGUCAAGGACUUUGGCGAGGCGGCGAAGCGUGAGAUGAUGAUGGACCGCCACACGUUUGAGAUGGCAAGGCGCCUGUCCCACGACUCCAUGGAGGAGCGCGUCCCCUGGAGCCCACCGAGGCCCCUGGCCCUCACCGGCCCCCUGGUCAACGCUGGUGCCAAUAGCACAGAGAGACUCACACAGAGGGACCGCGAGACAGGCAUUCUGCAGGAGAUCUUCCUCACCAAGGAGAGUGUUCCUGACAGCCCCCAUGAACCAGAGCCUGAGGCCUACGAACCCAUGCCACCACGCCUCAUACCCCUGGACGAGGACUCGACCAUGAUGGAUGACAGCUACAUGGAGCCCAUGGACACGUUGUCCCAGCCUGGCUCUGGCGUGGGCCCCGGAGGGGUGGAGGGCUCCAAGCUGCCCCCCGUCCUCGCCAACCUCAUGGGCAACCUGGGGGCCAACAACCUUUUGAGUAACCUAGGCAACAUUGCCCAGGGCACGCCUGGUGCCCCCGCUAACCCCUCCGUUAACGUACAGGAGUUACUCACCUCCAUCAUGGGAGCUAGUGGUGGACAGUCUACUGAGGACCUGAUCAAGCAGCCAGAUUUCUCUCAAAAGAUCAAACAGCUGCUGGGCUCUCUACAGCAGACCCAGAACCAGGGCCCCCCCACCGGACCCCCGCCCGGAGUGAGCCAAGGCCUGUUGGGCCACGGUCCAGGCAUGAACAACAUGCCCAACAUGGGCAUGCCCAUGAAUGGAGUGGGGUACCCUCCUGCAGGCAAGCCCCUGGGCCCUGGAGGCCCCCACUACAACCAUCCUCCGCCCCCACACAACCAUGGACCCCCUGGCUUCAACGCCAACCCCCGCAUGAUGGGGCCCCCGCCACCCCAGGGCCACGGAGGAGACAACAGCAACUACUGGGGGGACGACUCGAUGAGGGGGGGGCCACACCGGGGCGGAGGGGGCCACUUCCACCGAGGGGGCCGAGGGAGAGGAGGGGAACAGGUGGGCUUCAGAGGGAGAGGACGAGGGGGGCCUAGAGGAGGACACAACAUGGGAGACAUGUCCAAGAGGCCAGUGUGUCGCCACUUCAUGAUGAAAGGAAACUGCCGUUACGAGAGCAACUGUGCUUUCUACCACCCUGGCGUCAACGGUCCUCCCCUGCCCCCCAACCACCCCGCCCACAACCAGUACAAUGACCACGGGCCCCAACACGGGCACUAGACCACCGACACACCUCGAACACUAAGACGUGACAAUACCCUGAUACUACCACUAGGUGGCAGAACUCUGAAUUCAUGAGCUGCUGAUUUAGUUUCACCACUGGAACAGAGAGACAGACAGACCACCAGGCUAGAAAGACAGUCGAAUGUGACUAUCAAUGUGAGAGACGGACAAGGCUGAGUCCUGCAGCCUUAACAGCUGCUCUGGUCUGGUAAUCUCAAUGUGAUUUUUCUGCAGGUCUGUUGAAGAAGCAGUUCCACUACUGUUCUCCUACUGUGUGACUGGGACUUUGAUAUGAAGGCUCACCAGUAGCAGAGGAAGAUACUGAAUAUACAGGGCAGAAUCAGACAUUUAUCUACUACUUCCUCUCUCUCCACACCAACCCAAUAUGUCCCUCCAAGAAAUUCUCGACUUCCUACGUCCAUUUUUGUUUGCCCUGCUCGCUCAAACUCCCUUGAUCAGGGACCGAGGACAUUGCUUGUACACCAGAAUACACAGACUCUCAUGCCCUGGCUUUGUAAAAGUAUAGGUACUGCUAUAGCUGUGAGAUGAUCAUUUAGUAUGUUUGUAUAAAUGUUUUACUGUGAUCAUUUUUAACACGGUUGCUUCAGGUUGAUGAAGAUGUACAGUAACCAAACACUAUGACCACUAUGACUUAUGGUUGCGUUCUGUCACUUUCCCAUAUAGCCUAUCAGCCAGCCCUGUCUAAUGCACUAGUCUCUACAUCUUUGUCUACUACUUCAAUCAGCACUGAGCUAAGAGGUCAGCCAUGAAGAUGGCAAAUCAAUAGAAACAUCUCCAGGACCUCCCCAGUAUUGAGUUGUACUUCUUGAAGCUAAAUGACACUUCCAUCAUUCUGCUCUGUAGUUGUGUAGCGUCACUCCUGCCCUGGCUGUGCCUAUUGGACCAUGUUCCCCUGACAGACAGGAUCUUUAGCUAACCGUCAGCUCCAGAAUGAGUCUAAGCCCCGCCCUCCCUCCUGAAUGACUGAAUGUAGCGCUGUGGUCCCCUGAGUUUUCAAACUGUAGUCAGAAAGACAUGGCCAAAUUACAAUGGUCAGUACACCAUUUUAAAACCUAUUUACGGCCAAGUGGCAUGCAAGAAAGACAUGCCACUUUUUCUACCGUAGGAUUUCAACAGAAAAGAAGACAAUGAAUGUGAAGUCGACCAAAUAAUUGUAAUAUUGUUUGAUGUUGUUUGCCAACUUCCCCAUAGGCAAGAGCGUUAUCAGUUUGGAAGCACUUUAAAGGAAAGUUGAGGGCCAAAUCCAAGUUGUUUUCACCAGGCAGCCUGGCUGACAGGACAGGACCCACCACGCUGCUUCUUCUACUACUAUCUAGCUCCUGCUCUAGAAAGGCCUGCCUCAAACCGUUCCCCUCAAGAUCAAAUGAAUGAAACAGUAUUAAGAGAAAGUUUAACUGAACCAUCCAUAGAUGAAUGCCUACGCACUGAACGAACAAACGUGUUGCGUUUUCUGAUAGUGAGUACUAGUGGUCUGCCUAUCACAGGAGAGGGAACAACAGGAAAAAGCGUUGCUUGGUUUGACUGAGCCUUUUACCUAGAAGAGUACAUUAUAGUGAAUGAAGUUCUGGUCUAAUGGAAGCCUCUGUGAUUUUUAUAUUUCAACAACUGUAUAACCUGUACCACCAGGAGUAUAUAUCUCUUCCAUGUGACAAAAAGGAUGGUUGGAUGCCAUGUGGCAGACACACAGUCCCCUUUUAUAUAAGUGCUUCUUCACACACAGGCCUGUAUUAGCUUGUAUGGGCUUCAGUGUUCGGUCAGUGUUAAAUGUCCAACAGGGUAAAACUAAGGAAUCAUUCUCUGGGUCAACUAAUUCAAAGUGUUUUCUGUGAAAACCGUGGCCUUCGUGUCUCUUGUGGGACUAUAAUUAUGUCAAAUUUUGUUUUGGGUUGGAUUUAUUGCAUUUUUAUUUUGAUAUGAUACUGAUGAGUUGGAUCUCUCCGAUUAGGUCCACAUUUUUGUUAAAUUCUUGUAUCCAUUUAUUUUGUACAUGUAUUAAUAAAUGUCCUUAAAUGAA